AGUAUAUAAGAGGCCAUGGCACGAGGAGACGUCAGACUCAAGCCCCUCACUCUCCUGGAAACCAUCCCAGAACCUCCACUCUCUGACACCAUGGUCAACUCCUGUUGUGGCUCCGUCUGCUCUGAGCAGGGCUGUGGCCAGGAGACUUGUUGCCGCCCCAGCUGCUGCCAGACCACCUGCUGCAGGACCACCUGCUGUCGCCCCAGCUGCUGUGGCUCCAGCUGCUGCCAGCCUUGCUGCCGCCCCACCUGCUGCCAGACCACCUGCUGCAGGACCACUUGCUGCCGCCCCAGCUGCUGUGGUUCCAGCUGCUGUGGUUCCAGCUGCUGCCGCCCCAGCUGCUGCAUCUCUAGCUGCUGCCGCCCCUGCUGUGGGGGUUCCAGCUGCUGUGGCUCCAGCUGCUGCCAGCCUUGCUGCCGCCCCACCUGCUGCCAGACCACCUGCUGCCGGACCACCUGCUGCCGCCCCAGCUGCUGUGUGUCCAGCUGCUGCCGCCCCUGCUGUGGGGGCUCCAGCGGCUGUGGCUCGAAUUGCUGUGGCUCCAGCUGCUGCCAGCCUUGCUGCCGCCCCACCUGCUGCCAGACCACCUGCUGCCGGACCACCUGCUGCCCUCCCACCUGCUGUGUGUCCAGCUGCUGCCGCCCCAGCUGUUGCUAGACCCCCUGCCACCACCCACCCACCUGCUCUAGUGGCUCUUGCUGCUGCUGAGUGCCCUGACCUGCACCCUGCUGUUUUCAUCAGCCAAUCUCCUUCAUGUCGCAGUCCAACUGGGAGCUGAAUCAUGUGAGGCCAACUGUAAAACCUCAGUUCCCAGUGAUUUUUCAACCGCUUGGCCUUGGAAUGUACCACCCCACUGCCCAAUUCCCUCCCACCUGUUUCUUAUGAUGUCCAUCCCAAUUCAGUACAAAGGGUGUAUUUUCCCUGAUAUACGAUAACAUAUCAUCCUAACUGAUGUAUCUGUUACUGUCAGAUGUUGUCUAUGGAGAUGUUUCUAUAUAGCAAAUAAAUCUUAACUUUCCAGGCAUUAAAUAUAAAGAA